CGUCGGAGGCUUGGCGUCCCGCCCAAAGAGUGCUGGUUGGUCAGCGGUCCAAGCUGCCUCCGCCCCCCGGCUGGGAGGCCAGGCUGCCUCGGGGGCGCCGCGGGAGCAGUCCGAAGCGACAAGCUGCCCGCGUCCGGCGCCGGCGCGAUGUGGCUGUCGCUGCUGCUGCUGCUGGCCGUGCUGCUGCUGGCGGUCCUCCGCAAAGUUUACAAGGGGCUGUUUGCAGGCGGCUCCCCGAAUCCCUUCCUCGAGGAUGUCAGGCGACCACCCGCGCCCCUGGUGACCGACAAGGAGGCCAGGAAGAAGGUUCUCAAGCAAGCUUUCUCAGCCAGACUGGUGCCAGAGAAGCUAGAUGUGGUGGUGAUUGGCAGCGGCUUUGGGGGCCUGGCUGCCGCUGCGAUCCUGGCCAAAGCUGGCAAGCGAGUUCUGGUGCUGGAACAACACACCAAGGCAGGAGGCUGUUGUCAUACCUUUAGACAGAAUGGCGUUGAAUUUGACACGGGAAUCCAUUAUAUUGGUCGCAUGCAUGAGCACAGCUUUGGCCGUUUUACCUUGGACCAGAUCACUGAGGGGCAGCUGGACUGGGCUGCCUUGCCCUCACCCUUUGACAUCAUGGUACUAGAAGGGCCCAGCGGCCGAAAGGAGUUUCCCAUGUACAGUGGGAAGAAAGCGUACGUUCAAGGCCUCAAGGACAAGUUUCCCCAGGAAGAAGCUGCCAUCGACAAGUAUAUAAAGCUGGUGAAGGUGGUAUCCAACGGAGUCCUUCAUGCCCUGUUGUUGAAGAUCCUCCCGCUGCCUGUGGCUCAGGUGCUCAGCAAGUGCAGGCUGCUCACCCGAUUCUCUCCGUUCCUUCGCGCGUCCACCCAGAGCCUGGCCGAGGUCCUGCAGCAGCUCCCAGCCUCCCGGGAACUCCAGGCGGUGCUCAGCUACAUCUUCCCCACAUACGGUGUGACCCCCAGCUAUGCGACCUUUUCCAUGCAUGCUAUGCUGGUUGACCACUACCUGGAAGGGGCCUUUUACCCCCGAGGGGGCUCCAGUGAAAUCGCCUUCCACACCAUCCCUGUGAUUCAGCGGGCUGGGGGCGCUGUCCUGACGAGGGCCCCUGUGCAGAGCAUCUUGCUGGACUCAGCUGGGAGAGCCUGUGGUGUCACCGUGAAGAAAGGUCAAGAGCUGGUGGACAUCCACUGCCCUGUCGUGAUCUCCGACGCGGGACUGUUCAACACCUACAAGCACUUGCUGCCCGAGAAGGCCCGCUCUCUGCCAGGCGUGAAGCGGCAGCUGGGGAUGGUGCGGCCCGGCUUGAGCGUUUUCUUGGUCUUCGUCUGCCUCCGAGGCACCAAGAAGGAACUGGGUUUGCAGUCCACCAACUACUACGUUUAUUUUGACACAGACAUGGACAAGGCGAUGGAGCGCUACCUCUCUAAGCCCAGGGACGAGGCUGCAGCCCACAUGCCCAUCCUCUUCAUUGCUUCCCCUUCGGCCAAGGACCCGACCUGGGAGGACCGGUACCCAGACCGGUCCACCCUGGUCAUGCUGGUGCCCACCUCCUACAAGUGGUUCGAGGAGUGGCAGGGCGAGCCCCAGGGAAAGCGGAGCAGCGACUACGAGGCCCUCAAAAGCUCCUUCGUGGAAGCCUGUCUGUCAGUCGCCCUGAAGCUAUUCCCACAGCUGGAGGGCAAGGUGGACAGUGUGACGGGAGGAUCCCCGCUGACGGCUCAGUUCUACCUGGCGACUCCUCAGGGUGCCUGCUACGGGACUGAACAUGAUCUGAGCCGCCUGCAUCCUCAUGUGAUGGCCUCCAUGAGGGCCCAGAGCCCCAUCCCCAACCUCUACCUGACAGGCCAGGACAUCUUCAUCUGUGGGUUGAUGGGAGCCCUGCAAGGGGCCCUGCUUUGCAGCAGCGCCAUCCUGAAGCGGAACGUGUACUUAGACCUUCAGAAGCUUGGCUCAAGGAUCCAGGCACAGAAGAAAAAGAAUUAGUUCAGUUGGGGAUGAAUCAGCGGAAUUUGGCUGAUGCUGUGGCACCGCCCUGACUUACCUAGUCUUUCUGCAUUACUUCCUUGAUCACGUCAAUCACUCUAAUUUGUUGCUGUUUUUUGAGUAGAUGUCCAACACACAGGGCUAGCAUACAGCUUCUUCCAGCCAGGGCAGGCGGUGCUCGUCCACACCUUUUGUAACACACCAUCCCGAAAAAGGCCCAGUGUGGGCUACUAAUUUGGGCAGCUUUAAUGGCUCGUUGACAGUGGUCUGCAUUCCACACCCACACUUCCAGACUCUGAGCCCUUGGACGGAGUGUCUUUUGGCCACAUGGCUAGAACCUUCGAGUGUGGGUGAGCUGAAGCCUGGUGGGCCGGUGGGUCCUGUGGGCCCGAGGCUUCUCCUCCCGUUCACUCUGUGCUGUGCUGCAGGUCUGCACUGUGGAGGAGAGGAUGCCUGAUGAGCAAGGUUGUGGUUUAGUUCCACAGGGUCAGAGGCUCCAGAUCCCAUUUUUCUGGUUCCAGUGGCUCUUUCAGAGGGUGGGGAAACCCGUGUGAUAGGCUCCGUGUGGAUGUGGGAGCCGGGGGUCAGACAGGACGCGUUAGAAGGCAAGGUAUGCGGUAGGAGGGCACAUCUAGUUCGUAUGUAGCCAGGCCCAAGGCUCGUCUUCUUUCUGAUCCAGGUGACAUGAGGGUCUCACGUGCCGGCACCGAGAUACCCUCCCAGAGCUCAGGGCCUGAGCCUUAAAGCUCAUCUUCCAAAAAUACACAGCAAGGUAGGGGUGUUUGUAGUCAGACACAUUAUGACAAACAGCCCAGCUACCUCCCAGACCUAGAAUACCGGCUGCCUGGUUUCUGGGUUUGGAAAUCAGUCAGGAUCAGAACCCGAAAGGCUAUAGAAAGUGUGCCAAGUCUGGGAGUGGCAUUUCAGUUUAUUGGUACCUACGUGUGGAGCGGGUGGGAAGGAGAAUGAAGGCCAAAGGUUAAAAAAAAUGACCUUUUACUUGUGUUAGACCUUAUUUCAGUUCAUUUUUAUGCCAUAUUAAUAAAUUUGAUAUUAAGAGGGG